CUUUCAUCUACAAAAGCCCCUUCUUGCAUCUCAUCCAAGCCAGCCAGCUCCUGCAUUUCCGUCCCAUCAUGCUCAUCAAACUCGACGACCUCUCCCACCCGGAGACCCGCGCCCUCCUGGCCCUCCACAUCGCCGACCUCCAACGCAAAUCGCCCGCCGAGUCCUGCUACGUCCUCGACCUCACGGCCCUCCAGCAACCCGCCAUCUCCAUGUAUACGGCCUGGCACGGCCCGGAUCUGCUGGGAUGCGGCGCGCUCAAAGAGCUCUCCCCGACGGCGGGCGAGAUCAAGUCCAUGCGCACGGCGGCGGCACAUCUCCGCAAGGGUGUGGCGCGCGCGCUCGUGCAGCAUAUCAUUCGCGAGGCGCGGAGGAGGGGGUAUGUGUGGUUGAGUCUGGAGACGGGGACCGACGGCUCGUUUACGGCGGCGAGGGAGUUCUAUGCUGGCCAGGGGUUUGAGGUCUGUGAGGCGUUUGGGGAUUAUGUGCCCCGUGCUGGGACUUGUUUUAUGAGGUUGAGGUUGGGUUGAUGUGGGUUAUUGGAUGGAGUUUUAUUUGUGUUAAACAAUACCUAGUAGUAUAUCGCUGGGUAUUUGGGUAGUGGCGCCUGAGCCAGGCUGUGACAGAUAUCCGGGGUCACGUGACCUCGGAUCUCGCCACCUCUUGGAGGAACAGUCAUAUAGCUGUA